GUUUGGCUGUUUCUAAGGAGUAGCAGCACCUCCAACCCUGCCUGCUGAGUGGGGCAAUGUCUUCCUCGGACGAAGAGACCCUCAGCGAGAGGUCCUACAGGAGUGAGCGAUCAUGCAAGAGUGAACGGUCCUACCGCAGUGAGAGGUCUGGCAGCCUGUCUCCCUGCCCACCAGGGGACACCUUGCCCUGGAAUUUACCCCUCCAUGAGCAGAAGAAGAGGAAGAGUCAGGACUCUGUGCUAGACCCAGCGGAGAGAGCUGUCGUCAGAGUAGCCGAUGAACGGGAUAGAGUCCAGAAAAAGACCUUCACCAAAUGGGUGAACAAGCACCUAAUGAAGGUGCGCAAGCACAUCAAUGACCUCUACGAGGACUUGCGGGAUGGCCACAACCUCAUCUCUCUGCUGGAGGUCCUUUCGGGUGUCAAAUUGCCCCGAGAGAAGGGCCGGAUGCGGUUCCACCGACUACAGAAUGUGCAGAUUGCCCUCGACUUCCUGAAGCAGCGACAGGUGAAACUGGUGAACAUUCGCAAUGAUGACAUCACAGACGGGAACCCAAAGCUUACCUUGGGGCUCAUCUGGACGAUUAUCUUGCACUUCCAGAUCUCUGACAUCUACAUUAGCGGCGAGUCUGGAGAUAUGUCCGCCAAAGAGAAGCUCCUUCUAUGGACCCAAAAAGUGACAGCAGGUUAUGUGGGACUGAAGUGCACCAAUUUCUCAUCCUGCUGGAGCGAUGGAAAGAUGUUCAACGCAAUUAUCCACAGAUACAGGCCAGAUCUUGUGGAUAUGGAAAGGGUGCAGAUUCAGAGUGGCCGAGAGAAUCUGGAGCAAGCCUUUGAGAUUGCAGAGCGGCUUGGGGUAACCAGGUUGCUGGAUGCAGAAGAUGUGGAUGUCCCAUCCCCUGAUGAAAAAUCUGUGAUAACUUAUGUGUCUUCAAUUUACGAUGCCUUUCCCAAAGUCCCGGAGGGAGGAGAAGGGAUCAGUGCCACAGAGGUGGACACACGGUGGCUCGAAUAUCAGAACCAGGUGGAAUCGCUCGUCUCCUGGAUCAAGCAGCACACGAUAAUGAUGUCUGACAAAUCUUUUCCCCAAAACCCUGUAGAGCUCAAGGCACUUUAUAACCAGUACAUACACUUCAAAGAAACAGAGAUCCCAGCAAAACAGCAAGGAAAAAGAAAUAUUGAGGAGCUGUAUAAACUGCUGGAGACCUGGAUUGAAUUUGGCCGCAUUAAGCUGUCCCAGGGAUAUCAUCCCAACACAGUGGAAGAGGCAUGGGGCAAGCUCAUAAUAGAGAUGUUGGAGCGUGAGAAAUUACUACGGCCAGCAGUGGAAAGAUUGGAAUUGCUGCUACAGAUUGCAAACAAAAUUCAGAACAGGACUCUCAGCUGUGAAGAAAAACUCACCCUGGCAAGAAACACACUGCAGGCAGAUGAAGCACACCUGGAGUCAGGUCAGCCAGUGCAGUAUGAAUCCGAUGUUGUCAUGUACCUCCAGGAGUGUGAAGGGCUCAUCCGCCAACUCCAGGCAGAUGUUCAGAUACUCCGGGAUGAAAACUACUACCAGCUGGAAGAGCUGGUCUUCAAGAUUGUCCGGCUUCAAGAUGAGCUGGUUACUCUGAGGCUGGAAUGCACCAAUCUUUACCGGAAGGGGCACUUUUCUUCCCCUUCCUCCCGGGACUUGCUGCAGCCUUCCUCCUUAAACACCAUGCACCUUAAGGCCGAGCCCUUGCUGAAGGGAACGCACACAGCCACCACCGCCUCUACCUCCUGGUUCCGGAAGCCAAUGACCCGCACAGAGCUGGUGGCUAUUUCGUCCUCAGAAGAUGAGGGCAGCCUCCGGUUUGUGUAUGAGCUGCUCUCUUGGGUGGAAGAGAUGCAGAUGAAGCUGGAGCGGGCUGAGUGGGGAAGUGAUUUGCCGAGUGUGGAAUCUCAGCUGGAGGUUCAGCGGCACAUUCACACAAGUGUGGAAGACCUUGGCUCCAGUGUGAAAGAGGCCCGAUUGUAUGAGGGUAAAAUGUCCCAGAAUUUCCAUACAAGUUACUCAGAGACGCUAGCUAAGCUGGAGACCCAAUACUGCAAACUGAUGGAGACCUCCAGCUUCCGACUGCGCCACCUCCAGAGCUUGUAUGCAUUUGUGUCUCAAGCUACCACAGAGUUAAUUUGGCUAAAUGAAAAGGAAGAGGAGGAGCUGGCCUAUGACUGGAGCGACAACAACUCCAACAUGGCAGCCAAGCGGAACUAUUUCUCGGAGCUCACGAUGGAGCUAGAGGAGAAGCAGGAUGUGUUCCGUUCGCUGCAAGACACGGCUGAGAUGUUAUCGUUGGAGAAUCACCCAGCCAAGCAGACUGUAGAAGCAUACUGCGCAGCAGUGCAGACUCAGUGGCAGUGGAUCAAGCAACUGUGGUUGUGUGUGGAUCAGCACUUGGCAGAAAACACAGCUUACUUCCAGUUUUUCAGUGACGCCUGGGAUUCAGAAGGGUACUUGAAGAGCUUGCAAGACACUAUCAAAAGGAAGUAUUCUUGUGACCGUAACACCAGCCUGACCCGCCUGGAGGACCUUCUCCAGGAUUCGAUGGAUGAGAAGGAGCAGUUGAUCCAGUCAAAGAAUUCUGUUGCCAGCUUAGUGGGUAGGUCCAAAAGCAUCGUUCAGCUGAAGCCACGAAACCCUGACCACAUUUUGAAGAACACCAUCUCUGUAAAGGCAAUCUGUGACUAUCGCCAGAUUGAGAUAACCAUCUGCAAAAAUGAUGAGUGUGUUCUGGAAGAUAAUUCCCAGAGGACCAAGUGGAAAGUGAUCAGCCCCACAGGGAAUGAGGCCAUGGUCCCUUCUGUUUGCUUCUUGAUUCCCCCUCCCAACAAAGAGGCAAUUGACUCUGCCAGCAGAGUGGAACAGCUAUAUCAGAAGGUGAUGGCCCUUUGGCACCAGCUCCAUGUCAACAUGAAGAGCCUUGUCUCCUGGAACUAUUUGCGGAAAGCCAUCUCUCUGGUGCAGAGCUGGAAUAUAGAGAAGCUCAGGGCCUUGCCCUCAGGAGAGUGUCACCAGACUAUGAGGAACCUGCAGGUGCACUACACGGACUUCCUGGAGGACAGCCGGGAUUCAGAGCUCUUCUCCUUGACUGACCGACUGUGCCUGGAGGAGGAAGUGGAAGCAUGCAAAGAGCGGUUCCAGCAGCUUCUCCAGUCAAUGGAAAAUGAGGACAAAGAUGAGACUGCAGCUCGGACAUACCUCUCUGAACUGAAGAACAUCCGCAUUCACCUGGAGGAAUGUGAACAACGGCUAGUGGGGACCAUUCGGACCCCGAGCAGCACCAGAACGGAUGGAGAUGCUUUACAAGAGAACACUUUCCGUAUUGCUGAGCAGGAGCGAUUGAAGGAGGAUUUGAAUCAUUUGAAGGCUGACAUGGAACAGCUUUCUGAGAGAUGCAACAUUUUCCUGCACAAAUCUCCAACGGGAUCCAGUGCCCCACAUCUGCGCUCUGAGCUUAACCUGCUGGUGGAAAAGAUGGACCACGUCUAUGGGCUCUCAUCCGUCUACUUGGACAAGUUAAAAACUGUGGAUGUCAUCAUUCGGAACACUCAAGGAGCUGAGUCCCUGGUCAAAGGGUAUGAGGUCAAAUUGAGUCAAGAGGAGGCUGUGCCUGUGGAUUUGUCCACCAUAAAGUCUCACCGAGCUACCUUACAGCAAUGGAUCAGUGAAAUGAAUGAGAAGAACACAGUCUUUGCAAUGUUGGAAGAUGACUUGGCAAGAGCCAAAGUGGUGGCCGAUCAGCUGUUCUCUCUGAAGCAGGAGCGCAGCCCUGACAUAGAACGCUACCAGGAGAAGGGCGCACAGCUAUGGGAUCGCUGGCAGAGAGCCAGCACUCAGCUUGAGACUCGCCAUUUAGAACUGGAGAGCAUUGAGGAAGUGCUGAGCACUUAUCGGAGCUGUCAUGGGGCACUCAUCCUGUGGAUUGAGGAGACCACAGCCCAGCAAGAACGGAUGAAGCCUGGACAAGCAGAAGACAGCAGAGUCCUCUCUGAGCAGCUGAGCCAACAGAUGGCCCUGUUUGCUGAAAUAGAGGGAAAUCAAACCAAACUGGACCAGUGUCAGAAACUUUCUCAGCAAUACUCAGCUGCUGUCAAGGACUAUGAACUGCAGCUUAUGACAUACCGUGCUUUUGUGGAGUCGCAGCAGAAGUCUCCUGUGAAACGCCGGCGUGUGCUUUCCUCCUCAGAUGCCAUCACACAGGAGUUUAUGGAUUUACGGACACGAUAUACAGCCCUGGUCACCCUGACGACACAACAUGUAAAGUACAUCAGUGACGCUCUCCGGCGGCUGGAAGAGGAAGAAAAAGUAGUAGAGGAGGAAAAGCAGGAGCAUGUGGAUAAAGUAAAAGAACUCCUGGGAUGGGUCACAAGUUUCAAGCAAAGUGCACAGUUCAAAAGCAUCACCCACAACAGCAAAGAACUGGGAGAUAUUGAGAAGUCUAUUUUGGAGCAGCAGGUUCUAAGUGAGGAACUGGCUGCAAAGAAGGAGAAAAUCUCAGAAGCUGCCAAAACUACCCAGAUCUUCCUUGCAAAACAUGGCCACAAACUUUCUGGCCAGGAGAAGGAGCAAAUUGUAACUCAGCUGAAUGCCAUGAAGGAAACAUAUGACCAGCUAUGCAAUGACUCCACAGAGCAGCUCCAGCAGCUUCACAGUCACAUGGCCCAGGAGACGGCACAUAAGGGAAUUGAGGUUAUCUCAGGAGUGCUAGACCUUGGCACUAUGGAAAUUCUUCCUGUUUUUGGCGCCAUGCAGAAAGGUCUCAUAGACCAGGAGACAGGCCUGAUUCUGUUGGAGGCUCAAGUGAUCACAGCUGGCCUAGUGGUUCCCGAUACCAAUGAAAAGCUCUCUUUGGCUGAGGGUCUGGCAAGAGGCAUCAUAGACUGUAGAACCCAUCAGCUCCUCUGGCAACUGCAAGAUGUCCUCCAGCUAGUAAACCAAGCUGACAUAAAAGGAAAGCCACUUCUUCCUCUUGUAGCCCUGAUGGAGGAUGGCACAAUCAGCGAGAGCUAUGGGCUGAAAAUCUCUGAAGUUCAGCUUGUCACCGGAGGGUUUAUAGACUCUUUCAACCAUGGGAGAAUAGGCUUAGAAGAGGCACUUCAAAGAGGCCUUGUUACUACAAGUUUUCAUGAGAAACUGACAUCUCAUUUGACAUCUUACAAGGACUUGAUCGAUCCCAAUUCAGCCAAGAGAACCAGCUUCAGUGACCUGAUGUGCCAAUGCAUCUUUCACCAGGAGACAGGGCUGAGGUUGCUGCCUGUAAAACAGCUGGCGGGAGGGAUGGUGAACUUGAAAUCAGGCAGCAAAGUUAGCAUAUUCCGUGCAGUUCAAGAAGGCUUGAUAGAGAAGCAAGUGACGGUGAGGCUCCUGGAAGCCCAGCUCUUUGCUGGUGGCAUUGUGGAUCCCAAAAGCGGCCACCGGUUGACUGUGGAUGAAGCCAUAAGGCAUAAUUUGAUUGACCAAGAUCUAGCGUGUGCACUUCUGGUCCGACAACUUCAGACAGGUGGCAUUAUAGAUACGGUUACAGGGGAAAGGCUUUUGCUAGAUGAUGCAGUAAGGAAAGAUUUAGUAGUAUCCAGGAUUGCUGUGGUGAUCUUGGAAUCUCUUUGGUCAAUUAUGGGUCUUCUGUGGCCUGAGUCAGGUGAGAUUCUCCCUGUUGUGGAUGCCUUGGAGCAAGGUAUCCUAUCCUCUGAGCUAGCCCAUAAGAUUCUUAGCAUGAGACGUUGCAUCAAAGCACUUUACAUACCCAAAACUAGAGAAAUCUUGUCCUGGAAGAAAGCUGUAGAUCGUGGGAUCCUGGACCGAGACACUGCCAAGAAGCUGAAAUCAGUUGCCCUUCCUGACGUCAUGCCAAAGAUGCCGCUGGCAGACUCCCCAGCUAGAAACAAAAGAAGCAUCCUUUCCUCUGGCAGCCAAGCAGAUCAUGGGGACCAAGGUGAGCUUCCACUGAGAACAAAUGAAGAAAGGCUGUUGUUUUAUUUGAUGACCCAUAGCUACAUCAACGUUCACAAUGGUCAAAAGUUGCUUCUAAUAGACAGGGAGUUACACGACUUUUCUGAAAUGCUUGCACCAGCCCAUAAUAGUGACAGUGACACUCACAUCUUCAAAGCUAGCAGAACUCACCCCCGAAAACUGGAUAUUCAUGGAGAAGAUAAGAGUGUAAUUCUAGAAACCAAGGUCUGUGAUGAAUUAGCUUCAAAGGCUCUUGUACCUUCUUUUGAUAUACCAGAAAAAGAGUCACAUUUUUCUCUAUCUAAUGAAAAGGCAGGGAUGGAAGAUGCUGAGGAAAGUGUGAAUGUGAAGAAUCAAGAGAAGCAAGCUGAUGCUACAGAAAAGAAUGAAACUGAUGAGCCAGACUUUUAUCUACCUGAUGGAACAGUAGACAUGAAAGAUGAUGCAGGGGAAAAUGUGAAUGUGAACUAUCAGAAGGAAGAUGAUGCUGCAGAGGUCUUUAAGAGUGAAAUGAAUGAAUCAAAUAUUUGUCUACCUAAUGAAAAGGUUGAGAUGGAAGAUGUUGGGGAUAAUGGGAAUGUGAAGAAUCAGGAGGGGGAAACCAAUGCCACAGAAGACUUUAAGAGUGAAAUUGAUGACUCCAAAAGAGAGCAAGACCCGAUGAUGCUCCAGAACAAUCAUGAAAUGGAAUUAUCAGGAUACACAUUUAUCAAGGACUCUGCUUUUGAAACACAACCCAUGGAUACAGAUAUUGUAAAAGGAGACCCAGAGUUAGCAAAAUCAUCUGCAGAAGAAAAGAUAAUUUUCAGAACUCAGAUGAGAAUCCCAGAAAUGGAAAGAAGUAAUGGGGCAAAGGAUGCUAGUAUGAUCACUGAUGUUUUGGAGAAGGUGGAAGAAUCACAAUACUUGAAAGAGAGAACUCUAGAUAAGGUGGGUCUUGCAACAAAAGAUGGAGAUCCUGAGGCUGUCAAUUUCUCAAACAUAGGGAAAGUUGAGAACAGAUCGCCAGAAGCUGUCUUUAAUGAAGAUGAAGGGAAAUGCACAGAGGAGCAUAUUAAAGAACAGUGGUUGAGUAUAAGAGAAGAAUCAGUUCAUUUUCAUCAGACUGAGAGUUCUGAGUCACCAGAACUGUCCCCAGGAAUGGGAAGAGACAGUACUUUGAAGACAUUAUUAACACAGCUCCAGAAUGGUGGCAUCAUUCAUGAGCAGACAGGCAAGAAGAUGCUUCUGGAUCAAUCCAUUGCCUGCGGUGCUGUGCCUAGCCAUACAGCUGUCAAACUGAUGGGGGUGAUGCAGAUGUUUGGUGGCUUCUUUGAUGCACAGACUUGUGAAUCGUUAACCACAGAAGAAGUAAUCGAUGAAGGGCUGAUGGAUGAGGAACUGCUGCAGAAGGUGCUGGCCUCUGACCAAGUCAUCAGUGGUGUCAUAGAUCCACUCACCAAAACCCUUUACUCUGUCAAGGAUGCCUCUGAGAUUGGUCUCUUGGACAAGGAAACAGCUGUAAGGAUUCUGGAAGGGCAGAUAGUCACUGGUGGUAUUGUCGACUUCAAGCGCAGCAAGAAAAUCUCAGUCACAUUGGCCUCCAACCUUGGCCUGAUACAUCCAUCCAGUCAAGAAGACCUUAAAAAGCUAGAGAAAGCAUCUAAAGGGAAAGGAGCUGAAGAUGCAAGUCAAGAGAAACUGAUAGGUUUGCAAGUUGAAAUAUGUGGCAUCUUGGAUCCUCAAACUAAAAAAUCUUUGACCAUCUCCCAAGCUCUAGAAAAAAAACUCCUGGGUAAGGAGAAGGCCUUUCAGCUUUUAACCAAGCAGAUAGCUGAUGGAGGAAUCCUUCACCACAAGACAGGCAUGAGACUUUCAUUAGAGGAUGCCAUGGAGCAUGAAUUGAUUGGCCAGGACUCCUAUGAAGAACUCAAAAAGGCAGAAAAUGUGUGUCUGCACCAGUAUACUCAUCCAGAAAUGAAGAAACAAGUGUCCUCCUCUGAAGCCAUAACUCUGGGACUAAUCACCCCAGAUUUUCAAAGCAAAGUUCAAGAAAUACAAGCUACAACUGGAAAUAUAUUUAACCCUGUUUCCCACCAGAAAAUUACUUUGACUGAAGCUGUGAAGGAAGGAUUAUUGCCCAAACCAAUUAUGGAAAAAGCAGUGCUGUCUUCUGAAAUGAAACAUGCAAUCAUUCAUCCAGAGAGCUGUAGAUUGGUCCCUUAUUCGCAGUUAGUUAGAAAGAGUAAAAUUGACAUUGAAUCAGGGCAGAGAUAUUUGGAGGUGGUUCCCUUUCAAGAACUGAAAGAUGAAGCAACUGGGAACGUAAUUCCCUGUGCUCAGGCAGUGAAGCUUGGCAAGGUAGACCCCAUGGUUGCUUUGAGAUUGUUGCAGGCUCAAGCAGACACUGGCGGCAUCAUGGAUGUUUCCUCUGGCCAGAGGUUAUCUCUGGCAUCUGCUCUGGAAAAAGAAAUUGUGGAUGAAGAUAUGGCUGCAGCCAUCACAGUAAACCAGCUGAUGACUGGAGGGAUAGUUGAUGCUGAGAGUGGAGGCAGAGUUGCAUUGAAGGUGGCUGUUGAGAAAGGUAUCAUCAGCAAAAAGCUAGGCGGUGCAGUUCAAAAAAUUGUGCAGAUCACCCAUGAUAAAUCUGACCACAAAGACUUGGAUGUACACGACCAUUACCCACUAUUGGUGCAGAAUAGUGCUUUGAAGAUGGAAGCUUUGGCUGUAUGUAGUGACAAUGUGAAGAGUAAUGAUGAGAAAUGGGAAGCUGAACCUGAAGUAGAAGGCAAAAAUGAAGAUGUGCUUAGUGAUUCUUCGAAAGGAAGUCAGGAGGUGUCAAAAGAAAUAGAUGAAACUGUGUCACUUCCCCUCCCUCUUGCUUCAACUUUAGACAGUUUAGCUAGUCAGCUUUUAGGAGGAAGCGAACUGGCCCAGAACCUGUCCUCAAUGUUGGACCCAGAGGUCACGAGAAUAAGGAUUCAGAAAAAAAAUAUUGGGAGAAAAAGCAGGUUGAGAGGGAAAGAAUCCUGGAAAGGGGAGGUAGAAAAGCAAGCCGGAGGUGAUCAAGCAAUAGAAAAGCAGCUGGAAAGAAUUGUGUCUUUGGAGAAGUCUGUAAUGGGCGGAAUGAAGAAUGUGAUGAUUAAUGGGGGUCAGGAACAAAGACAGGGAGCAUUUGUGGGAGACAGUGGAGAUCAGACAGAAGGUGAUACUGCAGCCCUUGUAGCAAAGGGAGGUGUUCUGUUAGACUCCCUAGAGAUGUUGGGGUCUGUAGGUCAUAGAGGGGAAGGAAAAGCUUGUGUGAAUGCUAAGGAACUGGUCAUUCUUGCAAAAUCCAAAAAGCAGACCUCAGCUCAACUACCACUUGCAGAUACUAAGACUCAGCCUCUCAGCCAAGGAUCUGAAGUACUGGAUACUCUUAUCGCUUCAGAAAUUGACCUUAAAACCACCAAAAAGAAAACAAAAAAGGACAAAAAGCAGGGUUCUGUCCCAAGAGAACCAAUGAGGUUGUGUGAAUUUUCCCAAGAGAAACAAUCCCUUCCAGUUCCAGAUUCCAAGCGAAGUUUGAUGAGAAUGACCAAAGAGCCGUUGAGCUCUGAGAUGCAGAAAUCCAUCAGGAAGAAUUCAUCUGGAAGCGGGGCAAGAAAUAUGAUUACACAAAGACAGCCUGCAGCUUAUGAAAAGAAUGACAUCCAGGCACAUGAAAAGAAGCAGGUUGAAGAGAAAGAGGACAUUGCAGAUGCUCAUAAAGUGAGCAUUUCUGCAAAGAAAGGUGCAUACAGGGAACUAACUGAACGAACUACUAGAACUGAUCAUGAGUCCUUGGUUGUAGCAGUAGACAUUCUUGAAGAAAGAGCAUCUUGGGAAAAAGACAAGGAACCACUUAGACCAGAAGAUGACCAGAUACUCAGUAUAAUUGCCAUGGGUGAUACGGAAUCCCCAGAGGCAAAGACACAAGCCCUGCAAAACAGAGGGAUCCCUGGGCAACAGCUUAGUUCUUGUCCUUCUGAUCCACCAUUCGUGCAAGAGCAUACAACCCACGAGAUAAGCAGAGCAGAUGGGAGGUGUGAUGUUCAAGAGCCAAGCAUGGCUGCUGGGGCAGAGGAGCCAUGGCAGAUGUACCCUGAUGGAGGCCACCUGUCUGAGCUGAUGCCAAGGAUGCUUCAAGAGGGAGAGCUUCCAAGAGGCGAGAGGGAUGCUUCCCAAAAGUUACCUGUGCAACAGAAUGCAGACCUGGAAAUGACCAGAAAAAGUGAGAGUUUUGGCGGCCUGCCUGGCACAGUUGGAAGAGCAGAAGAAAGAGAGCAAGAUACCUCCAAGCAGCCCUUCAAGCCUGCUAAGGCUCUUUGCAGCAAACAACUUUGCCUGGACCAUGAUGAGAAACUGGUUGCAUUCCUGUCAAGGGUGCGCAAUAUUGAGAUGCAAAUCCAGCAAGCUCAGCUUGCAGAGUGGAAUUUAGAGGCACGGAAAGAAUUGCUACACCAGGCUGUGGCCUUGGACACAGAGUUGAAGAGCCUGUCAGCUCCAGUGAAUCAGGAGCUGGAAGAGGCGAAAGGGAUUGUGUCCAACCCUCCUCCCGAGAUCCCUGAGCAACUGCUGAGAGCUUUGGAAAAAGAUGCCAAGAACCUUCAGAAGUUUUUUGGCUCCGUGAGUGAGGUCUUGGCCUCUUGGCUGCUAAACCUUCGCACUGCAGCAGAAGCUGAAAAGGCCAAAGUUUUAAUGCAGCAUGAAGAGCUCCAGAGCAGGCUGCAGGAGCUGCUAAAUUGGGUAUCUGACACCACCCACUCACUCAGCCGUCUUGAAUCUUACAUUUCAACUGGCGCCAACAGCUUGAACUCUUCCCUUCAUCGCUACAAGGAACUGAAAAAGCCUCUCGCAGACACCAAAGCUGAGCUCGAUGGAGCCGCCUUUGACAUUCAGGUCUUCAUUUCUGAGCAUGCUCAAGACUUGACGCCUGAGCAAAGCAGGCAGCUGUUGAAGCUGCUGAAUGAACUGCAGGGGUCUUUCCGGGACCUUUCGGAGCAAGUGGCUGCCCGGCUGGAGGUCCUGCAGGUCUGUCUCCAUCAAGCGGAGCAGACGGAUCAGACACUGCAGGAGCAGCAAGCUAUACGCAGCCAGAAGUUGGAAGAGUUGUGCACCUGGAUGACUCAGGCUGAGACCUGCUUGAGGGGUCCACAGGAAGCAGCUGCAGAAGGGGACCUUCCCACACUGCAGCGGAGACAGAGUAACGUUAAAGAUCUGCAGAGGAGUAUGCACAGUCGGGCGGCAUCCUUUGCAAGUGUCUUGAAAGCAACAGAAGACUUCCUGGAGGAGAACCAGACCAAGCUGGAUCCAAGGGAGCUGGCAUCCCUGCAAGACAGGCUCCAGGAGGCUAAGGAGCGGUACCAGUCUUUGCAGGAGAGAACAGAGGCAGCCCAGCAGGAGCUGGAGGAAGCCGUGAAGACUGUGGUGCAGCAGCAGACGGAAAAGGACAGAGCUGCCAAAGACCUGGAAGAAAACCAGAGUAAGAUCGAUUCCCUUUUGCAUUGGAUGGCAUCACUGGACCAGCCCAGGAUGAUCACGGAACACAAAUUGCACUCAGUGGGGCAAGCAAAUGGUGGACAUAGAGAAGAAAGAGUCCCAGAUGUUCUUGAUGGCCAGUGGAUGAAGGCAGGAAGAGCUGAAGAGGGUCUUAGUUUGCACUAUGAAAACUUAAAGGUGCGACAUCAACAGCUCCUUUCUCAGCAACAAGAUGUCAUUCUGGCCACGCAGUCAGCCCAGGCCUUCCUGGACAAGCAAGGCCACACUCUGAGGCCAGAGGAGAGGCAAAAACUGCAGGGGAGGCUGGGAGAGCUGAGGGCCCAGUACACUACAGCCUUGUCCCAGUCGGAAAUGCAGUUGAAACAAGCUCAGGCGCUCCAGGAUGAGCUACAGAAGUUUCUACGGGACAGUGGGGAGUUUGAGGUCUGGCUGGAACAGGCAGAGCAAGAACUGGAGAGGAUGCGUGGGGGAGACGGGAGCUUGGAGGGCCUGCAAUCGACACUUCGUUGGCAGAGUGGCUUCUCUGAAGACGUGAUCUCACACAAAGGGGAUCUGCGAUUUGUUACCAUGUCAGGGCAGAAAGUACUGGAUGCAGAGAAGAUGGCGGCAGUUGUUGGUGGGCCUCCAGGACCUGAGGUUUUAGCCACUGGAAUGCUGGUCAAGAACAAGUUGGAUGACGCCACCAAGAGAUAUGGUGCUCUGCAUUCCAAGUGCACAACUCUGGGCUCCCAUCUGAACAUGCUACUGGGUCGCUCUAAGCAAUUUCAGGAUGUCUCAGAAUCUCUGCGGACGUGGCUGCGAGAGAGCGAAGAGGCCGUCUCGAACCUCCUUUCAGAACCCAUUUCCUCCAAUCCGACUGUUUUGCAGAAGCAGCUGGCCAAUGCCAAAAGCCUCCAGGAAGACCUUGCGGAACAUCAGGUGCCUAUGAAGCAGCUUGAGAAGGCCACACGUUCUCUCUUGGAGAUACACGAAGCCCCUAUGCCUGAUCACCAAGGCAUUCAAGAAACUACCGAUUCCAUCACGAGCCGUUUCCAGAGUCUCUCCUGCCAGAUGGCUGAGCGCUCAGACCUGUUGCAGAAGUCCAUUGCCCAAUCACAGAGUGUCCAGGAGGGACUGGAGACCCUCCUUCAGUCCAUGGCAGAGAUUGAAAGGAGCCUCCAAAGGAGUGACGUGGCUUCUUUCUCUUCCUCCUCCAUACAGGAGUCUCUUGCCACAAACAUGAAGCUGAAGCAGGACAUUGCCAGGCAAAGGAGCAGCCUGGAAGCCACGCAGGAGAUGGUGGCCCGGUUCGCAGCAACAUCCGACAGCUGCACAGCAGCAGCUCUGCAGGCCAAGCUGGCGGAGGUGACUGAACGCUUCGACAGUCUGCGGAGGCGGCAACAGGAGAAGGAGGAUACCCUGAAGGACCUUCUCCCCAAAGUGGAGCAGUACGAGCAGCUCUCAGAGAAAUUGCAACAGUUCAUGGAUAGCAGAAGUCGCCUGCUGGCCUCAGGGAACCAGCCAGAUCAUGAUAUUGCUCACUUCUCCCAGCAGAUCCAGGAACUGAACUUUGAGAUGAUGCAGCACCAAGAAAACUUGGAGACACUGGAAUGUCUGUCUGCAGAGCUGAGCUCUUGUGGUUUUGCAGUAGCAGCCUCUCCCCAGCAACAGGAGAAGGUGCGCAGCUUGCGGAAAGACUUCCUGCAACUGCAGAAAGCAGCAAAGGAGAGAGAGAAAGGUGCAUCAUCCUGUCAGGAACAGUUGGAUGAAUUCCGGAAGCUGGUUGGAUGCAUCCGGAAGUGGCUGAAAGAAACAGAAAGGAAACUCCCGACCACUGAAACCUCUCUGGGCACCCAUGAGCUGGAGAAACGGCAGCAGCGAGUUGAGUUCCUCUUGGACGAAUGGAUGGAAAAGGGAUCUCUUGUGAGGGAUAUCAACUGCAGAGGGACAGCCUUGGAGAGCUUGAUAGUUGAGAUCACAGCUCCUGAUGCACAGUCCAAAACAGGUUCUGUGGUGCCCACAGCAGGAAGUUCUGUAGGCAGUGUGAAUGGAUAUCACACCUGCAAAGAUUUGACCGAGAUUCAGUGUGAUGUGUCAGAUGUGAACCAGCAGUAUGAAGGGCUUGGUGCUGCUCUACGGGAGCGUCAGGAAGAGCUGUCCGCCAUGUUGGCAAAGAUGAGAGGUGCCCAGGAGGAGGCGGGUUCAGUGCUGAAGUGGUUGGAGUCAAAGGAGCAGGCCUUGUUGGUACUUGAAGCGUCCUCCUCGCCCACAAAGUCGGAGACUGUGAAAGCUCAAGCGGAUCGUAACAAAGCAUUUCUGGUUGAGCUGGAGCAGAAUUCUGAGAAAGUUCACAAGGCAAAGGAAUCUCUUUCUGGGCUCCUGGAGAAAUAUCCUGAAUCCCCUGAAGCCAGAACCUGGAAGAGCAUGCUGGAAGAUUUAAAUUCCAGGUGGGCCCAAGUCAACCAAGUGACGGCAGAGCGGCAGGAGAAGCUGGAGAAGUCGGCCAGCGAGCUGGCUAGCUUCCAGGUUGCCGAAGGCCAGUUGCGGCCCUGGCUGAUGGAGAAGGAGCUCAUGAUGAGUGUGCUGGGGCCACUGUCCAUUGAUCCCAACAUGCUGAGCGCACAGAAACAGCAGGUUCAGUUCAUGCUGAAGGAAUUUGAAGCUCGCAAGCCCCAGUACGAUCAGCUGAAGAAGGCCGCUCAAGGAAUCCUUGCCAGCCCUGGUGAGGCAUCUCCAUCCACUGACCGGAUGCGGGGGGAUCUCCAGGCUGUCAACCAGAAGUGGACUGAGCUCACGGAACGGCUCAACUCCCGUUCCAAUCAAAUCAACCAGGCCAUUGUCAAGAGCACCCAGUACCAAGAACUGCUUCAGGAGUUGUCUGAAAAGGUGAAGGCCGCUGGGCAGCGCUUGGGUGGCCAGUCUGCCAUUAGCACACAGCCAGAGGCUGUGAAGCAGCAGCUGGAAGAAAUGAGUGAGAUCCGAUCUGACCUGGGGCAGCUGGAAAAGGAGAUCAUCGAAGCUCAGGCACUGUGUGAGGAGUUGUCUAUUCUCAUUGGAGAAGAGUACCUGAAGGAGGAACUGAAGAAGCGCUUGGAGACUGUGGCCCUCCCUCUCAAAGGCUUGGAGGACUUGGCAGGGGACCGAAUGAACCAUCUGCAGACAGCACUUGCAAGCUCCCAGCAGUUCCAGCAGAUGUUUGAUGAGCUCCAUGUCUGGCUAGAUGACAGACUGAGGCAGCAGGCACAGAGCAGCCCGAUCUCAGCGAAGCUGGAGAGGCUGCAGUCUCAGAUCCAAGAACAAGAAGACUUCCAGAAGAGCCUCAACCAACACAGCGGUUCCUAUGAAAUGAUUGUGGCAGAGGGUGAAUCUUUGCUGCUUUCGGUUCAUCCUGGGGAGGAAAAAGCCAACUUGCAAAGCCAGCUAGUGAACUUGAAAGCAACCUGGGAGGAGCUUAGCAAGCAAAUCGCCAACCGACAUGUCAAACUCAAAGACUGCUUGCAGAAGGCUCAGAAAUACCAGCGUCAUAUCGAGGACCUUUCCCCAUGGGUGGAGGAUUGCAGGGCAAAGAUGUCAGAGUUGGAAGUCACCCUUGAUCUUGUGCAGCUAGAAGCCGCUCUCUUGAGGUCAAAGGCUCUGCUGAGCGAUGUGGAGAAACGGCGCUCCCUUUUGGAGAUGCUGAACAGUGCAGCUGAUAUCCUCAUCAAUGCAUCGCAAAUGGACGAAGAUGAUGUUCGGGAUGAGAAAGGGAGACUCAACCGGAAAAUGGAUGCCAUUACAGAAGAACUCCAUGCAAAGACAGAGUCCCUUGAAGAAAUGUCACAAAGACUUAAGGAGUUCCAAGAAAGUUUUAGAAACAUUGAGAAGAAGCUGGAAGGGACAAAGCAUCAGCUGGAAAUCUAUGAGGCUCUAGGGCCUCAGGCCUGCAGCAGUAAGAACCUGGAGAAACUGAGAGCCCAACAGGAGGUUCUGCAUGCACUGGAACCCCAGGUGGAUUACCUGAAGAACUUCACUCGAGGCCUGGUAGAAGAUGCCCCAGAUGGAUCAGACUCCUCCCAUCUGUUAAGCCAAGCUGAGAUCGCUCAGCAGGAAUUCAAAGUUGUCAAGGAGAAAGUCAAUGAAUGCUGCAUACUGAUGGAGACUAAGCUGGAAGGAAUUGGACAGUUUAAUAACCAUGUUCGGGAGAUGUUCUCUCAGCUGGCUGAUCUAGAUGAUGAGUUGGACAGCAUGGGCCCCAUUGGGAGAGACAUAGAUAGCCUCCAGUCCCAAGCAGAAGAUGUUCAUGAAUUCUUGACCAAACUUCAAAGGCUCAAGAUAGACAUCCAGGCUUCUGAAGAGAAAUGCAGGCAGAUGUUGGAGGAUGAAGGGAGUCCUGAUUUAAUAGGGCUGAAACGUGAGCUAGAGACCUUAAGUAAGCAAUGCGGCAAGUUGACUGAAAGGGGUAGAACUCGCCUGGAGCAGGUGGAAAUGACAUUGGCUCGUGUCAAAGACUUCUACAACCAACUGAAGGAGCUGAACCACAUGACGACCACUGCAGAAGAGAAUGAAGCAUUGCAGUGGGUGGUUGGGACAGAAGUGGAGGCGAUCAAACAGCAACUUGCAGAUUUCAAGACAUUCCAGAAGGAGCAAGUUGACCCGCUUCAACUUAGACUGCAGCAAGUCAACGGUCUUGGGCAGGGACUCAUCCAGAGUGCAGGAAAGAACAGUGAUGUUCAGGGCCUGGAACAUGAUAUGGAAGACAUCAACACCCGCUGGAACACGCUCAACAAGAAGGUGGCACAGAGAAUUGCCCAAUUGCAGGAAGCCCUGUUGCAUUGUGGGAAAUUCCAAGAUGCCUUGGAGCCCUUACUCAGCUGGCUGGCGGACACCGAGGAGCUCAUCUCCAAUCAGAAGCCUCCAUCGGCGGAAUACAAAGUGGUGAAGGCCCAGAUCCAGGAGCAGAAGCUGCUGCAGCGCCUCCUGGAUGAUCGGAAAGCAACUGUUGAGAUGAUUCAAGCAGAGGGUGGAAGAAUAGCACAGUCAGCCGAACCAGCAGACAGGGAGAAGAUAGUUGGGCAGCUGGAGAGCCUUGGAAGCCGCUGGGCAGGCCUCCUCAGCAAGGCCUCAGCCAGGCAAAAUCAGCUGGAGGAGAUCCUGGUUUUGGCCAAGCAGUUCCAUGAGACGUCAGAACCCAUCUCUGACUGGCUGACUGUGACAGAAAAGAAAUUAGCCAAUUCGGAGCCCAUUGGGACUCAAACUGCAAAAAUCCAGCAGCAGAUCACCCGGCAUAAGGCGCUAGAGGAAGAGAUAGAGAGCCGGGCCGUGUCUGUGGCUCAUGCAGUCAGGACGGGGCAGUCUCUGGCCUCCCUGAGCUGCAGAGCCGAGCAGGUCUUACUGGGCGACAAACUGGAUCUGCUGGAGUCUCGCUAUGAUGAGAUUUGUGACCGGUGUGGCCGGAAGGCUGCCCUUCUCGAUCAGGCCUUGGUUAAUGCCCGGCUCUUUGGGGAGGACGAGGUGGAGGUGCUCAACUGGCUAGCAGAGGUUGAGGACAAGCUCAUCUCGGUGUCCGUCAAGGAUUACCAACGGGAUGUCCUGCAGAAACAGCAUGCCGAGCAGCUGACCUUGAAUGAUGAGAUCCUGAACCGGAAAAAGAAUGUAGACCAGGCCAUUAAGAAUGGACAAGCACUUUUGAAACAAACCACAGGGGAGGAAGUGCUGCUCAUCCAGGAGAAACUAGAUGGCAUCAAGACCCGUUACUCGGACAUAACCACCACCAGCUCGAAGGCACUCCGCACACUGGAGCAAGCCCGGCAGCUAGCCACAAAGUUCCAGGCCACGCACGAGGAGCUGACUGGCUGGAUGAGUCAAGUGGAGGAGGAGCUGACAUCUGGUGGAGGGUACUCCCCCACGGGGGAGCAGAUUCCUCAGUUCCAGCAGAGGCAAAAGGAACUGAAGAAGGAAGUGAUGGAACGUAGGCUUAUUCUGGACACUGUGAACGAGGUGAGCCGUGCCCUGCUGGAACUGGUGCCCUGGCGUGCCCGCGAAGGCUUAGAUAAGCUUGUCUCAGAUACCAACGAACGGUACAAGCUGAUCAGCGACACCAUCAAGCAAAGGGUGGAAGAAAUAGAUGCCGCGAUUCAAAGAUCCCAGCAGUAUGAGCAAGCGGCUGAUGCAGAACUUGCUUGGGUUGCAGAGACAAAGCGGAAGCUGAUGGCUCUUGGUCCAAUCCGCCUGGAACAAGAUCAAACCACUGCACAGCUGCAGGUCCAGAAGGCAUUUUCUAUCGACAUAAUUCGGCACAAAGAUUCGGUGGAUGAGCUGUUUAGCCAGCGUAAUGAAAUUUUUGGCACUUGUGGGGAGGAGCAGAAAGCCAUGCUUCAGGAGAAGACAGAGUCUCUUGCGAACCAGUAUGAUGAAGUCAGCCACCUCAAUUCAGAGCGCUAUGCCUGCCUGGAGCGGGCCCAGGUCUUGGUGAACCAGUUCUGGGAGACGUAUGAAGAACUCAGCCCUUGGCUGGAAGAGAUGCAAGCCUUGAUUGGGCAGCUGCCACCACCAGCCAUUGACCACGAGCAUCUCAAACAGCAACAGGAAGACAUGAGGCAAUGGAGGGAGUCAAUUGCUGAGCACAAGCCCCAUAUUGACAAGUUGCUGAAAAUCGGGCCACAGCUGAAGGAAUUAAACCCAGAAGAAGGGGAGAUGGUGCAGGAGAAAUACUCUCUGGCCGAGGCCACGUACUCUCGCAUCAAAGAGGAGGUCCGCCAACGGGCCUUGGCACUGGAUGAGGCCAUCUCACAGUCAACUCAGUUCCAUGACAAGAUCGAGCCGAUGCUGGAGACUUUGGAGAGCCUCUCCUCCCGCCUGCGGAUGCCUCCGCUGAUCCCGGCAGAGGUGGAGAAGAUCCGGGAGUGCAUCAGUGACAAUAAAAAUGCCACAAUGGAACUGGAGAAGCUGCAGCCAUCCUUUGAAGCUCUGAAACGCCGUGGAGAAGAACUGAUCGGACGAUCCCAAGGAGCAGACAAGGACCUGGCAGCCAAAGAAAUCCAGGAUAAAUUGGAUCAGAUGGUGUUUUUCUGGGAAGACAUCAAAGCUCGGGCUGAAGAACGCGAAAUCAAAUUCCUGGACGUCCUGGAACUGGCAGAGAAGUUUUGGUAUGACUUGGCUGCCCUCUUGACCACCAUCAGAGAUACCCAGGACAUUGUCCAUGACCUGGAGAGUCCCGGGAUCGACCCAUCCAUCAUCAAGCAGCAGGUGGAAGCCGCAGAGACAAUAAAGGAGGAAACGGAUGGUUUGCAUGAUGAACUGGAAUUCAUCCGGAUCCUGGGGGCUGAUCUGAUUUUUGCCUGUGGUGAGACCGAAAAGCCAGAAGUGAAGAAGAGCAUCGAUGAGAUGAACAGUGCUUGGGAAAACUUGAACAAAACCUGGAAGGAGAGACUGGAGAGGCUGGAAGAAGCCAUGCAGUCAGCAGUGCAGUAUCAGGACACGUUGCAGGCUAUGUUUGACUGGCUGGAUAACACAGUGAUUAAACUCUGCAACAUGCCACCUGUGGGCACCGACCUCAACACCGUCAAAGAGCAGCUGAACGAGAUGAAGGAAUUUAAAAUGGAAGUUUACCAGCAGCAAAUUGAGAUGGAGAAACUGAAUCAUCAGGGGGAACUGAUGCUCAAAAAAGCUACUGACGAGACCGAUCGAGACAUCAUCCGGGAGCCGCUGACAGAACUGAAACAUCUGUGGGAGAACUUGGGGGAGAAAAUAGCCCACAGGCAGCACAAGUUGGAAGGGGCUUUGUUGGCUCUCGGCCAGUUUCAACAUGCGUUGGCUGAACUGGUGGCAUGGCUGACACACACAGAAGAGCUCUUGGAUGCCCAGAGGCCCAUCAACGGUGACCCAAGGGUUAUUGAGGUGGAGCUGGCAAAGCACCAUGUGCUGAAAAAUGAUGUGUUGGCCCACCAAGCCACAGUGGAGACAGUAAACAAAGCUGGCAACGAGCUCCUGGAAUCCAGCGCAGGAGACGAUGCCAGCAGCCUCCGGAACCGGCUGGAGAUGAUGAAUGCGUGUUGGGAGUCAGUGCUGCAGAAGACAGAGGAACGAGAACAGCAGUUGCAGAUGACCCUUCAGCAGGCUCAGGGUUUCCAUGGUGAAAUUGAAGACUUCCUCCUAUGGCUCACGAGGAUGGAGAGCCAGCUGUCAGCCUCCAAACCAACAGGCGGGCUGCCCGAAACUGCCCGGGAACAACUGAGUGCCCAUAUGGAGCUCUAUGCCCAGUUUAAAGCCAAUGAGGAGGUCUACAGCCAGCUCUUGGCGAAGGGGCGGCUGAUGCUUCUGAGUCGGGAUGACUCUGGAUCUGGAUCAAAGACAGAGCAAAGUGUGGCCCUCCUGGAACAGAAAUGGGGCCUCAUCAGUACAAAGAUGGAAGAGAGAAAGUCCAAGCUGGAAGAAGCACUCAACUUGGCCACAGAGUUCCAGAACUCCCUCCAGGAUUUCAUCAACUGGCUAACCCUGGCUGAGCAGAGCUUGAACGUGGCCCCUUCGCCCAGCCUCAUCCUCAGCACCGUGCUCUCACAGAUAGAGGAUCACAAGGUCUUUGCCAAUGAAGUGAAUGCUCAUCGGGACCAGAUUAUUGGUUUGGAUCAAACUGGGAACCAGCUGAAAUUCUUGAGUCAGAAACAGGACGUGGUCUUGAUCAAGAACCUCCUAGUCAGCGUCCAGUCGCGCUGGGAGAAGGUCGUCCAGCGUUCAGUUGAGAGGGGACGGGCUCUGGAUGAUGCUCGAAAGCGGGCAAAACAGUUCCAUGAAGCUUGGAAGAAACUGGUUGACUGGUUGGAAGAUGCAGAGAAUCAUCUGGACUCUGAGCUGGAAAUUUCUAAUGAUCCUGACAAGAUCAAGCUGCAGCUCUCUAAGCACAAGGAGUUCCAAAAAACUCUAGGUAGCAAACAGCCUGUCUAUGACACCACAAUUCGGACAGGAAGAGCCCUGAAGGAGAAAGCUCAGUUUCCAGAUGACACCCAAAGCCUGGAUCAUCUUCUUGGAGAAGUCCGAGACAAAUGGGAUACAGUGUGCGGAAAAUCUGUGGAGAGGCAGCACAAACUGGAAGAGGCGUUACUUUUCUCCGGCCAGUUCAUGGAUGCCUUGCAAGCUUUGGUGGACUGGCUGUACAAGGUGGAGCCACAGUUGGCUGAAGAUCAGCCUGUGCACGGGGAUCUGGAUCUGGUCAUGAACUUAAUGGAUGCCCACAAGGUUUUCCAAAAGGAGCUUGGCAAACGAACGGGCACAGUGCAGGUACUGAAACGUUCUGGACGGGAGUUGAUUGAGAACAGCCGCGAUGACACCACAUGGGUGAAGGUACAACUACAAGAGCUGAGCAACCGCUGGGACAUCGUCUGCAAGAUGUCCGUCUUGAAGCAGACCCGGCUGGAGCAGGCCUUGAAGCAGGCUGAGGAGUUCCGGACUGCCGUCCACAUGCUGCUGGAGUGGCUGUCUGAAGCCGAGCAGACCCUCCGCUUCAGGGGAGCUUUGCCUGAUGAUGCUGAAGCUCUGCAGGCACUCAUCGAUGUGCACAAGGAGUUCAUGAAGAAAGUGGAAGAGAAAAGGCUGGAUGUGAACUCUGCUGUUGCAAUGGGGGAAGUCAUUUUAGCUGUGUGCCACCCGGACUGCGUCACCACCAUCAAACACUGGAUUACCAUCAUCCGUGCCCGCUUUGAAGAGGUUCUCACAUGGGCGAAGCAGCAUCAGCAACGCCUCGAAGCAGCGCUCUCAGAGCUGGUGGCCAAUGCAGAACUUCUGGAGGAGCUCUUGGCGUGGAUUCAAUGGGCUGAGACCACGCUGAUCCAGCGGGAUCAGGACCCAAUGCCUCAGAACAUAGAGCAAGUGAAAGCCCUCAUCACAGAGCACCAGUCCUUCAUGGAAGAAAUGACACGAAAGCAGCCAGACGUGGACCGGGUCACAAAGACAUACAAGAGGAAAGCCACUGAGCCAACGCAUGGGCCUUUCACUGAGAAAUCCCGGAGCAAUCGGAAGUCCUUGAGCCAGACUGCCCCUCCUCCCAUGCCCAUCCUUUCCCAAUCAGAAGCAAAGAACCCACGGAUCAACCAGCUGUCAGCCAGGUGGCAGCAGGUGUGGCUUCUGGCACUGGAGCGUCAGCGCAAGCUCAACGAUGCCCUGGACCGACUGGAAGAGUUGAAAGAGUUUGCAAACUUUGACUUUGAUGUCUGGCGGAAGAAGUAUAUGCGCUGGAUGAACCACAAGAAGUCUCGCGUCAUGGACUUUUUCCGACGGAUUGACAAAGACCAGGAUGGAAAAAUCACCCGGCAGGAGUUCAUUGAUGGGAUCCUGGCAUCUAAAUUCCCCACAACUAAGUUAGAGAUGACUGCUGUAGCUGACAUCUUUGACCGUGAUGGAGAUGGCUAUAUUGACUACUAUGAGUUUGUAGCUGCUCUGCACCCCAACAAAGAUGCUUACCGGCCGACAACAGAUGCAGACAAAAUUGAGGAUGAGGUCACAAGGCAAGUGGCUCAGUGCAAAUGUGCUAAAAGGUUCCAAGUUGAGCAGAUUGGAGAGAACAAGUACAGGUUCUUCCUCGGCAACCAGUUUGGUGAUUCGCAGCAGCUGCGGCUGGUCCGUAUUCUGCGCAGCACAGUCAUGGUUCGUGUCGGUGGAGGAUGGAUGGCCCUGGAUGAAUUUUUAGUAAAGAAUGAUCCUUGCAGAGUUCAUCACCCAGGGAGUAAAAUAAAACGCUCUGAUUCCAGCUCUUCGAUUGCCAGUCAGUCUCCGAUAGCACGUGGAAGAACUAACCUCGAACUUCGAGAGAAGUUCAUUCUCCCAGAGGGAGCUUCUCAGGGAAUGGCGCCAUUCCGCUCCAGGGGUCGCAGGUCCAAGCCCUCCUCUCGGGCAGCUUCCCCAACGCGAUCCAGUUCUAGCGCCAGCCAGAGCAAUCACAGCUGCGCCUCUAUGCCCUCCUCCCCAGCCACGCCUGCCAGUGGGACAAAGACUCUGCAUCACUUCACUCGCUGUUAUGACAAACCCUGGCUGGUAAACAGCAAGGCAGGCACCUCUUUGAGGGUCUCCGAUGGUGCCGACCUGCACCUGUCCGCCUCUGAGGUUACCCCAUCUUCAAGCAGUAAACUGAAGCGACCCACUUUCCAUUCAAGCAGAACUUCUCUUGCUGGUGAUACCAGCAACAGCUCCUCCCCAGCUUCUUCCGGGGCCAAAACCAAUCGGGCAGACCCUAAGAAAACUGCCAGUCGCCCUACAAGCCGUGCUGGAAGCCGUGCAGGGAGCCGAGCCAGCAGCCGCCGGGGUAGCGACGCUUCUGACUUCGACCUUCUGGAAACCCAAUCAGCCUGCUCAGACACAUCGGAGAGCAGUGCAACAGGAGGGCAGAGCAGUUCCCGACGGGGAAUGGCCAAGCCUUCCAAAAUCCCAACCAUGUCCAAAAAAUCUGCCACUGCCACCCCCAAAACUCCAGGCCCCAAGAGAUAAUACUGCGUUCUCACCCGCCUGCGUAUCUACACACAGAGAAGAGAAACCUGUGUCCACUUUUUAAUCCUGCUUCAUACAUUGGAUGUAUAUUUAUUCUACACAGGAGAAAAUUAUAUUGUUAAAAAGUGUAAAAGAAUAAUUGUGUUAUGAAGCUGCCUUAUUUUGUUCUGUUUAUUUUUUUUCCUUUGUAAGUUACUAUUUUCAUGUGAAUAUUUAUGUAGAUAAAAAAAACUUGCCUUCUGGUGACCUUCUUUUGCGUUUGGGGGGGGGGCCAGGAAAACAAAUUGAAAUGUGGAAGAGAAUGCAAGCAAGCAAAAGGUCAUGAUGUGAAAACUGUAAGAAAAAAAGCAAAAAAAAUAUAUAAAUAGGAUUUCUGUGCAGUGCAGGAGAUGAUCCUGCGUUAUCUUUUAGGAUUGUUUCCUAAAUGGAUCUUUAUAAAAACACAACUUGCUGUCUCAGCAAGGUAAAUUAUAUUUAAAAAGCAACGCCUGAAUAUCCAGCAGUGUUCAAGGAACUCUUUCUUUCCUCUUUUUUUCUUUUUUCUUUUCUUUCUAAAUCAUGGAUACCUCAAUAAGAGAGAAAUGUGAGGUGAAGGGGAUCUGUUUCCAAUUUUUUUAAAUAGAAAAUCAUUGUGGUUUUACCUGAAGAUCAAGUGGAGUGAGUUUGAAUAAAAUAAGUAAAAAAUAAAUUGCACAUGCUUUGUGACAAGUAAAGUUCACUACAAGUGCUGCAUCUAGCAAAACAAAAGUACUGUCAGCAGUUGAGCUUUUAAAGAACAACUAAUCUUAUGUUUUUGGAGUGGGGACUGCACUUAUGUCUGUCCAGAAACAUCACCCUGGUGUGGGACAUCUGGGGUGGGUAUGCAAAGAUGACCUUUUAACUAAGGGACAAAAGGGGGACUUUUCGUGCCUCGUUCUCCUGUCUCGCCACUGUAAAAGACUGACCACUUUUUAAGUUCACGAACUGCUAUUUAACUGCAUCAUUUCCUAUUUAUUGUCUCAACUGCGAAAUUCCACGUCAGACCAGACUGACUGAAGUUUGCAGGUUCUCCACUCCAGAGAAGAAAAGGCUGGCUUCCACACGCACCGUCGCUUGUUCUUGGAAAUGUUUCAGAGUAUCACCAGCAGCCCACUUGCUAGCAAGGCCCUGUCUUGCUUUUUGUAUGCUCAUUUUUUUCCUUUGUAGAGGAAAUUUUUUAAAAAGUUAAUCAUGUGACCAUAAAUGGGGGGAGGGGAAGGGAGUGGGGGAGGGGCUCUCUGGUCUUCCUGCAUUAUUAACUUUUGCUCUUGGCCCACUCUGACCACAUUGCUGUGUGAUUCUCUCAGUUGGUUGAAUUGAGCCAGAACUCUGAAGCUCUACCAAUGAAUUGUUUAAAAAAAAGAGACACUUUUUGUAUUAAAAUUGCUUGCAGUAAUAAUAAAAGGACCCUGGCCUCUUA